AACGCCAUUUUGAGUGUGGCAGAACUUUGCAGCUUCUCACUGAUGCACGUACAAAUGACAUGACGCGCUCCUACCGACAAAACUGUGCGGGAAACAGCUCUAAUUACCUUCCUACCGCUGGCCAUAUGACACAGGUGCACAAUGUCCCCGCAUUGCGACGGCGCAGUCUGCUUUGACUCACCUGUCAUGGUGGCGGCGAGCUCCCACGUCGGGGCGUGACGUCACAGCAGGAGAGGCAGUGCUUGAAGCGACCUGGGCUGCUGGGACAGCGGGUCAUCGGAUCAUCAGACACACACGGCGACGGGACGAAGGUACUGUACAGCCGCGGGUUCACAAUAAGGGCCUUCGUUCGUCCGUUAACCUUGCUCUGCUCCACUUGCAUGACAACAGCAACAGUAAGCUAUGGCUUUGAGAAGUGCUGUCUCCCGUCUGCUCUCCAACAGCCAUAAAUGUGCUGCUGUUACAGUGUUCAGGGCCCAGAGCACGGCUGCUUCAGCUAACAAAGAUGUUGAACAGGUCAAGAAUCCAGCGAAGACAGCCAAGGUGCCAUUCGACUGGCGGGACGCUCUGGAUCUGGAGGGUCAGCUGACGGAGGAGGAGGUCAUGAUCCGGGACUCCUUCCGCGACUACUGCCAGGAAAAGCUCAUGCCCCGCAUCCUCAUGGCCAACAGACACGAACACUUCCACCGUGAGAUUGUCUCCGAGAUGGGAGAGCUGGGCAUCCUAGGCCCCACUAUUAAAGGGUUCGGUUGUGCAGGCACUAGUUAUGUGGCUUAUGGCCUGAUUGCCAGGGAGGUUGAGCGAGUGGACAGUGGUUAUCGCUCAGUCAUGAGUGUACAGUCUUCAUUGGUCAUGCAUCCAAUCAACGCUUACGGCACAGAGGCCCAGAAGGAGAAGUACCUGCCCAGGCUGGCUCGUGGGGAGAUCCUGGGCUGCUUUGGCUUAACAGAGCCAAACCACGGCAGUGAUCCUGGCAGUAUGGAAACCAAAGCCAAGUACAACUCAUCUAGUGGUACCUUUACCAUCAGUGGAGCCAAAACCUGGAUCACUAACUCCCCUGUAGCAGACAUUGCAAUAGUCUGGGCCAAGUGUGACAAUGGCAAGGUGCGGGGUUUUAUCUUGGAGCGAGGAAUGAAGGGUUUUUCUACCCCCAAGAUCGAGGGCAAGUUCUCCCUGAGAGCGUCUGCCACUGGAAUGAUCCUAAUGGACGACGUUGAGGUUCCUGAGGAGAACCUUUUGCCAAAUGUCUCUGGUUUAGCUGGGCCGUUUGGAUGCCUCAACAAUGCUCGUUAUGGCAUCGCUUGGGGAGCUCUGGGAGCGGCUGAAUUCUGCUUCCAUGCUGCUCGACAGUACACUCUGGACAGGCUCCAGUUUGGGGUGCCACUGGCCAGGAACCAGCUGAUGCAGAAGAAGAUGGCCGACAUGCUGACAGAGAUCACCCUGGGACUGCAGUCUUGUCUGACCCUGGGGAGACUUAUCGAUCAGAAGAAAGCGGCACCCGAGAUGAUAUCCAUGUUGAAGAGGAACAGCUGUGGUAAGGCUUUAGAUAUCGCCAGACAAGCCAGGGACAUGCUGGGAGGAAACGGCAUUGCAGACGAGUACCACAUAAUCCGUCACGUCAUGAACCUGGAGGCUGUCAACACAUAUGAAGGAACUCAUGAUAUUCAUGCCCUGAUCCUGGGUAGAGCAAUUACUGGGCUGCAGUCCUUUACUGUUGGAAAGUAAAGCUAAAGCAUUUCGUCUUACUUCAAAUGAGCUGAGGUGGAACAAGGGACACUACCUGUUCAUCUGUCCUCUAACACGCCUGGAGGAUAUCUGGAUCUUUGCUUGAUGGGUUACAGCAGAAACACCUAUCAGAUUUAGGUAUUUUUGUCAUGAUUUAUGAAAAACAUCUAUUCCUGCCUUUUCUUAAAGGUCAGCUAAAGUAAGCAUCGGGUCUAACUUGGCUGACAAAUUCUGAGUUGGUUGAAUUUUUCAGUGAUGUAAAUAUAUAAUGAUCAAUUUUAUGUGACAAUACACGCUGUACCUACAAGCACCUUCUACCUUUUAUUAUAAGUAAUUAUAAUGCAAUAUCCUUUAUAUUGUUAUCAUGUCAUGUUGGUCACUAGUGAAAUAAGUAACAGUUUAAUAUAAAACCAGCUGAAGCAAAAGAAAUCAGUAAGCAUCUUCAAACUAAUUUGGUUUGGCUGUUGCAGAUUUAUUUCACCGAAUCAACCCAGAAUGACUUUUGUGCAUUUAAAUAAAACAUGGAUUUUG